CUCCGCAGUCUCAGCACCAAAGCCAUGUCCACUUUCGGCAAGCUGACAGAUUACUUCCAGCUCCGCAAGUCAAGAGCAGAUCUGGGAGUCACCGGGACGGAUUCCAGAAGAGGUGGCAGUUCUGAGGCCAGGUCCUUGGACAGGAGGCCAGAGUGCGCCGGGCUGGCGAAGUCGCGGACACUGCCCAGCAUCCCCCAGUCACCCACUGCCCCACGCACCCACGGGCACCCCCUCCCUGACGGCCAGGACUGCGGAAGCUGGGACCGGCAGACCCCCACCGCUGGAGCCCAGGGGACGGGCUCCAGCCUGGACCUCGGUGAGUCCUGGAGAAGGAGACGGGGUGGUGGUGACAGAGCCGCUGACCAGUGGGCCCUGAGGACCGGCAUCAGUGAGUCCCCCUUCUCCUCCUUCAGAUCCCGAUCCCUGUACAUGAGGAAGAGUAUUUCCAUGGACGAGCACUUGAGCUGGCUGGAGUUCUCACAGGAUCCGUCCGACAACAGGAUGGAGAGGGUAAAGGUCCACCUCCGAAGAAAAUCGUCGCUCGGGAGCAGACGUGGAGUGCUGGUCGCACUGGCAGUGGUGCUGGGGGUCUCGCUGCCCACCCACCUUCCCACGGACAGGAGCGCCCAUGGCAGGGAGAGGGAGGGGCGGUCGAGUCACGGCGAUGAAGAGGCUCUGCGGGACCUGAAGCUGACGACUGCUCGAUGGUUCCCUGUGGAGCCAGAUCCUGGGACGCUGGACAUGGGAGCGGUUGAAGUGGGGUCAACAGGAUGGGGUGAUGGAGCCAUCUGUCUGGGCUUUGACUGA